AAAUUUUAAAUCCUCGAAUGCGUGCACGUGAUUUAUAUUAUAACGUAACAUAACCUCUACUUUCAGUGUUGCUUUCAAUUGCUUUGUUGCUUUUAGUUCUUCGAUAUGACAAAAACAAGUCGAUUAUAUUAUAUUUCUUUUUAAUGAACUAAACGGUUUUUGUUGAAACGUGAACGAUAUCUAUGUUGAAGCAUGUCUUCGUGGAAAAAAGCAGCGAAAGCCACGCAAAAGACUCAUCGGGAAAGGCAUCAACUAGAAUCUCGCAAACACUUGGGCCUUCUUGAAAAGAAGAAAGACUACAUUGCCAGAGCUAGAGAUUAUCAAGAGAAGCAACGAACGUUGAAGCUUUUGCGUAAACGUGCCCUUAAUAAAAAUCCGGAUGAAUUUUACUUUCAUAUGAUCAAUUCUAAAAUUGAAAAUGGGGUUCAUAGGGAGAAGAGUAAAGAGGAUACUUGUACUCCGGAUCAGCGACAAUUAAUGGAAACUCAAGAUGUUCGAUACGUUGCUCACAAGAGAAACAUAGAAGCAAAGAAAAUAGACAAGCUUCAAAGUCAACUACACAUGAUAGAUGUUGCCAACCAAACUGUAAAUACACAUGUAUUCUUCGUUGACGAUACCGAACAAGUUAGAAACUUUGACAUUGCAGAGAAACUGAAUACUCAUCCGUCGUUGAUAUCUAGACGCACGAAUAGACCAAACUUGAACAAAUUAAAGAAUAUGAAAUUACCGGAAUUGGACGAGACAACUUUAAAUAGAAUUGAACAGAGAAAACACAUGGCUUAUAAAGAAUUGGAGAAAAGAAUCAACAGGGAACAAGAGUUGACCGUUGUGCAACAAAAGUUAGAAACGCAAAAAGCAUUGAAAGAUAAGAAAAUAAGCAAACCAAAAUUAAUAUCUAAGGGUACCAAAAAUUCUGCACCCAUCUACAAAUGGAAAUUUGAAAGAAAGCGAUGAUUUAUUAUUUAUGUAUAACUUGUCGCUUUAAUAAAUUUUACUUAUUAUGUA